GUUUGACGUUAAACCCACCCGGUCAAGGGCAAAAUGGUGCGUCAAGCACUCAGCAUGGUGAGCGGCAGUGGGAAGCGCGAGCCCGAUGGGCCGGACGGCGGCCCGCCCGCCAAGCGCGCCAAGGACAUGAGCGUAGCAUCCAGCGACGCGGUUCUUGCCGAGGACGAUGCGGAAGAUCGGAAGCGACGCGCCAUGGCACAGAGCCGCGGGCGACGACCGUCCGUGAGCUCGGGCAGCCUCCAGAACGCCGCCAUGGCCGGCCCCAAGAAGUUUGUACCCAAGUCGGACGACGCCAUCGAGCGCAUCAAGCGGGCGGUCGCGAGCAACUUCAUGUUCAACUCGCUCGACAUGGAGCAGCAGCGCGACGUCAUUGGCGCGAUGGAGGAGAAGGUCGUGCGCCGAGGCGACGUCGUCAUCAACCAGGGCGAGGAAGGCGACUACUUUUACGUGAUUGACGACGGCGAGUUUGACGUCUUUACCCGCGCGACUGGCCUUGCGACGCCCGUCUGUCACUACGUCAAAGGCAACACGUUUGGCGAGCUCGCGCUCAUGUACAACAGCCCCCGCGCAGCCACGGUGGUCGCCACGACAGACGCAGUGCUCUGGGCGCUGGACCGGGACACCUUUCGACGCAUCAUUGUCACGGCGAGCAAGCUGCGGUCGCAGAAAUACGAAGCGCUGCUGGCCAACAUGGAGCUCAUGUCGCACUUGACGCGGCCCGAGGUGUCGAUCAUCGCCGACGCACUCCAGCCCGCCACGUACCGCGCCGGCGACGUCCUCAUCCGCCAAGACGACGACGACUACCACACGUUUCAUUUCUACCUGCUCCUGGACGGCGAAUGCAACUUUGUGUAUUCAGACGAGGACGGCGCGAGCUCGGUCGUGGGCUCGGUCGGGCCGGGCGGCUACUUUGGCGAAAAGGCGCUCACGGAGAAGUCCAAGCGCGCCGUGAGCGUCGUGGCGGCGACCGACGUGACCUGCUUGUCGAUGGACGUGGCGACGUUUGAGCGGCUCAUGGGCCCGUUCCAGGAGAUCUUUGCGCGCCAGAUCACCAACUACCCGAACGCGAGCGAGGUUCACUUUGCAUUGCGCCAGACGCGAACCGGUCUUUAGUCGUCUCGUGAAGUAGAGAGCACUAGCUCGUAAGAUCGAACGCGGGCGCCCGCCGCUCGCCAAACAACUGCCUCCUCGACGUCGCCGAAAGCAAAGCAAAGGACGCUAAGAGACCCAAGCGACGUGUGCUCUCUCUUCCUCGCCCUUGCGACUCGGCAUCAUAGUACAGUGUACUGUCGUCCUUAGCCAGGUUGACAUCCCGAACACUGUGACUCUGCGGCUUGG